AUGAAGUUCACCGAACACCUUUCCGCGCACAUAACCCCGGAAUGGCGAAAGCAAUACAUAGAAUACGAAGUGAUGAAAAAUAUGUUGUACGAUGCGAUAGAAAAUGCACCAUCUGUCGAAGUUAGUGGUGAGAGUGCAGUCCAAAGACACUUUGCACGGUUUGAAGAAAAUUUUUUUAAGUAUUCAGAUAAAGAACUUGCCAAAAUUAAUACUUUUUUCUCAGAGAAACUUGCUGAGGUCACUCGUAAGUUUGCAAAUCUUCAGGAUGAGCUGCGGCAGUCGAGUUCUCAAGAAUCAAAAGACAAUCUAUCUUCUCUAAGGAUGAGAAAAAGUGUCAUGUUUGCAUUAGCAGACAAAAAUGAUCAAAAAACAAAGCUUGUUAAAUCCCAUACAAGAAAAAUUAAUGAUUUAAAGUUGGCAUUUAGUGAAUUUUAUCUAAGUCUUAUAUUGAUUCAGAAUUACCAGAAUCUAAAUUUUACGGGAUUUCGAAAAAUCUUGAAAAAGCAUGAUAAACUUCUGGAAACUGAUAGAGGAGUGAACUUUCGGGUAAACCUGGUAGAGGCUGCUCCAUUCUUCACCAGUAAACAAAUAGACAAACUUAUUCUUGAAACUGAGCAAUUAUAUAUAACAGAUCUAGAAGGCGGUAAUAGACAUAAAGCAAUGCGUAAACUGAGAGUACCUCCACUGGGUGAUAGGCAAACACCGUGGACCACAUUUAGGUUUGGAUUUUUCUCUGGGACUUUUGUCAUUCUUUGUGCAUCAAUCAUAUUAGCUGGUGUUUUUACAGAUCACAGUGAUGACUGGAGGCCCGCUGUACGUAUGUACCGUGGUUGUUUUGUGAUGAUAUUCAGCAUAUUUUUAUUAGGUAUUAAUACAUAUGGAUGGAGAAAAGCAGGUGUCAACCAUGUCCUUAUAUUUGAAAUUGAUCCUCGAAAUCAUCUAAAUUAUGAAGAGUUAUUAGAGGUGGCUAUGUUUUUUGGUGUUCUUUGGGCCUUAAGUGUCUUAGGAUAUCUGUUCAGUGAUAUGGUCAAUUUACCACCGCUGGCUAAUCCAUUAGCGUUAGUGGGAUUUAUGGUGAUUUUUUUACUUAAUCCAACAAGAACAUUGUACUAUAGAGCCAGAUUUUGGCUUCUCAGGAUAUUGUGUCGGAUAUUUCUAGCACCAUUCUUUCCAGUCCGCUUUGCAGAUUUCUGGCUGGCUGAUCAACUUAAUAGUUUAGUAGCCAUUUUUUUAGAUUUACAGUACCUGAUAUGUUUUUAUUCAUUUACUGUUGAUUGGCUUGGAAAAGAAAAUAAUGUUGAAUGCUACAGUUAUUCCUAUGGAAUACGUUCUGUGGUUGCCUGCCUUCCUGCCUGGUGGCGUUUUGCACAGUGCCUACGACGUUAUUAUGAUUCAAAACAAGCCUUUCCACAUUUAGUCAAUGCUGGAAAAUAUUCCACCACGUUUUUUGUUGUAUUGUUUUCGUCUUUGGCUGCUGUAUAUAAAGCUCACUAUGGAAAUAUCCAGGACAACCCAUUUUUCUAUUUAUGGAUUGGCAGUGCUGUCAUCAGUUCAAGCUAUGCAUUAACAUGGGACAUUAAGAUGGAUUGGGGACUGCUUGAUAAAAAUGCUGGAGAAAAUAAAUUUUUAAGAGAAGAGAUAGUUUAUCCAUAUAAGGCCUAUUAUUACCUAGCUGUAUUUGAAGACCUUAUAUUGAGAUUUGCGUGGACAUUAACAGUCUCAGUCGGUGAAAUGAAUUAUUUUGAUUCAGACAUACUAGUGACUAUUUUAUCGCCACUGGAAGUGUUCAGGAGAUUUGUCUGGAACUUUUUCCGUCUUGAAAAUGAACAUUUGAACAACUGUGGUCAGUUUCGUGCCGUCCGUGACAUAUCCAUUGCCCCAUUGAGUGAGGAUGAUGUAGCACAGUUGGAGACUAUGAUGGAUGAAGAAGAUGGUGUAAUAAAUAGAAAGUCUGAUAAAAAGAACCUUAUCAGUGUCAAGUGA